AUGAGUGGAGGUAAGCGUAUUGGUAGACCUUCAAAAGGCAAAAAUGGGUUCCAUAGCUCAUCCUAUGAAGAGGAUUCAUUACCUUUGGACGUUCGUGUAGAAGAAAAUUUACUUGCAAUAGUCGGUGGAGAUGAAAAUCAGCCUACGCCAAUCCAUAGCGUGCCAAUUAUGUCAUCUUUCAACGAUCGUAUUCGUCCUAUACUUGAUGCAGUUGAUCAGUUGAGGCACCUCAUGGUGAUGAAAGAAGGUAUACAACUUCCCACCAUUGUCGUUGUCGGUGAUCAGUCUUCGGGGAAAUCUAGUGUUCUUGAAUCACUUGCUGGUAUUAGUCUUCCUCGUGGUCAAGGAAUAUGCACUAGGGUACCCCUCAUAAUGAGGCUGCAGCAUCAUACGUCUCUCAUACCAGAGAUGUUCUUGGAGUUUAAUGGCAAAACAACCCAGACAGAUGAAGCCAAUGUUGCAGAUGACAUAAAUAUUGCCACCGAGGAGAUUGCAGGCAGUGGUAAGGGCAUAUCUGAUGCUCCAUUAACUCUGGUGAUAAAGAAGAAUGGUGUUCCUGACCUAACAAUGGUUGAUCUUCCUGGAAUCACUCGAGUUCCUGUUCAUGGACAGCCUGACAAUAUCUAUGAGCAGAUUGCUGGAAUUGUCAUGCAGUACAUACAACCUGAAGAGAGUAUCAUACUCAAUGUUUUGCCUGCUAGUGUUGAUUUCACCACAUGUGAAUCGAUUAGGAUGUCACGUCAAGUAGAUAAGACUGGGGAGAGGACUCUAGCUGUGGUUACAAAGGCCGAUAAAGCACCUGAGGGGCUGCUCGAGAAAGUUACCGCUGAUGAUGUGAACAUAGGACUUGGUUAUGUCUGUGUGAGAAAUCGUAUUGGAGAUGAAUCUUAUGAUAAUGCGCGGAUGGAAGAAGCGAACUUGUUUGCAACUCAUCCUCUUCUUUCGAGGAUUGAUAAGUCAAUUGUUGGUAUUCCUGUUUUGGCUAAAAAACUGAUGCAGGUUCAAGCCACUAUAAUGGCUAAAUGCUGGCCAGAGAUUGUUCGAAAGAUUAAUGAGAAGUUGAAUGGCAAUGUAACAGAGCUAAACAGGAUGCCUAAGGCUAUGUCGUCAGUUGCUGAGUUUCUGACUGCUUUCAUGGAAUUUAUUGGAUCUGUUAAAGAGUCUCUGACGAAAAUCCUUGUUAGAGGUGAAUAUGAUGAAUAUCCAGAUGAUCCUAACAUGCAUGGUGUUGCUAGAGUGGUUGAAAUGUUCAACCAAUACUCUGAUGAACUCUUGAAUUGCCCAGAAAGUGAGCAUACUAGAAACUUUCUGAUGGAUGAGAUUCGUGUUUUGGACGAUUCGAAAGCGAUUGCACUUCCCAAUUUCCUUCCCCGUCAUGCCUUCCUCUCUUUACUGCAACGAAAAGUUGAAAGGGUUUCUCAUAUACCAUUUGGCUUUGUUGAGAAAGCAUGGGCUUACUUUGAAAAUGUGGUUUGGUCUGUUUCGAGACACCACACUGAAAACUAUCCUCAAGUUUUGUUAACCACUAAAAGGGCAUGUCAGAAUCUUAUGGUGAAAAUGAGAGAGCAGUCCACUGAUUGGGUUUCUGAGCUUGUUCAAAUGGAGAAGCUGACAGAUUACACCUGUAAUCCUGAAUACUUGAAUGAGUGGAACAUGCUUAUGUCCCAUCGUCAGACAUUCAUUGAUGAAGUUCAGAAAAAUGAAUCUUCAAAAAUGAAGAUUGAAGUUUUUGGAGAGGUAGAGAUCGUUAAUCUUAGAGGGUAUCAGCCUCUUCUCUCUCAAGCAUUUGACCUGAAAAUGAGAAUGACGGCCUACUGGAAGAUUGUUUCUAGGAGGUUGGUUGAUUGCAUGGCACUUCAUUUGCAACUCUGUGUUCGAAAUCUAGUGAGCAAGGAGUUGGAGAAGGAGAUUGCUACUGAAUUGAUGGCUACUAAUGGUGGAAAGUUAGAGAUGAUGUUAGAGGAGGCUCCUUCUGUUGCAGCCAAACGUAAGAGGCUUAACACCAGCAUUGAGUUGCUGAGGGAAGCCAAGGAUGUACUGUCCAAUAUCAUGGGCAACGUUUCUGCCUAGGUGACUAGGCUAAUCAGACCACAGUAGCUUAUUUUAUUUUUAAUAUGGUAUUUUUAAUUUGCAAUUUGUCUUGCGGCAAUUAAGUUGUUUGCCUUUUAUGCCUUAAAAGUACCGUCUUUUUUAUUUUCAUCAACAAAUCUGUGUCUGU